CCAUGCUAAUGAGUCACGUCGAUGUUACUGUUGUUUCAUUACAGGACAGGAUGCGGCAGGGGCCAGGAUGUGUGCUAUCUCCCAGUCUUGCUGUGGCCCGCACCUGUCACACCAACGCCCCGCCGCCGUCUCGCCUCCACAGCCGCCUCCCCGCGUCUGGGCACCCACACACCCAUCACUCGUGCCUCCGGGAAGCUGUCGGGUGGCCAGUAGUGGAGUGUACAGUCUUAUUGAGUGAACAGGCUUAUCGGUAAACGCGGGAGAGCCUUACCGCGAAGAGUCCAUCCUUUGAGCGGUUAUCUCACACGCAGGUGGUUCGUGGUUGAGCUUCCCACGAACACUGAAACUCGCGUCCGGAGCAGUUGGGUCCAAGCCGGCGAGAACAACAGGCGGGCGGCGGCGUUGUGUUCCUCGCUGGGAAAAUAAUCAACCGGGGCGCCGAGCUAACAAGAGUCGGGGCGAUGCUGGGGCUCUCAACAAGGGCAGAGGAGAUGUCCACUUCGUCCACCUCCCCGUACAUCAGCCCCAUCCCCAGCCCCAGGUCACCCAACAGCCCCGUCAGCCCCGGCCGCUGUGUCAAGGUCAAGAAAAACCCGUUCAGUAAUCCAGACAUGCCAGGCUAUGUUGGGUUUGCAAAUCUUCCCAACCAAAUCCACCGCAAAUCUGUUAAGAGAGGCUUUGAGUUUACUCUUAUGGUUGUAGGUGAAAGUGGGCUGGGGAAGUCUACCCUCAUCAACACCCUCUUCCUCACUGACCUUUACCCUGACAGAGUUGUUGCUUCGGCCCAAGAAAACAUUGAAAAAACUGUCAAGAUCGAUGUGUCAACGGUGGAGAUUGAGGAACGAGGGGUGAAGGUGCGGCUGACUGUGGUGGACACGCCUGGUUAUGGAGAUGCCAUUGAUAACACGGACUGCUUCCAGUCUAUCAUCCAGUACAUCAAUGACCAGUUUGAGCGUUACCUUCAAGAUGAGUCUGGUCUGAACCGCCGUCACAUCGUUGACAAUAGAGUUCACUGCUGUUUCUACUUCAUCAAUCCUGCUGGUCAUGGGUUGAAGCCUCUGGACAUACAGUUUAUGAAGCAACUCCACAACAAGGUAAACAUCGUGCCGGUACUGGCCAAGGCGGACACCCUCACCAAACAGGAGGUGGCCAAGCUCAAACGCAAGGUCUUGGAUGAAAUUGAAGAAAACGGGAUUCACAUCUAUCCUCUACCUGACUGUGACACGGACGAGGAAGAAGAUUACAAGGAGCAGGUGCGGCAGUUGAAGGAAGCUGUGCCAUUCGCAGUCGUCGGCUCAACAACAGUUUUAGACGUAGGUGGCAAGAAGGUGCGCGGUCGACAGUAUCCCUGGGGGGUCAUUGAAGUUGAAAAUCCAAGCCAUUGUGAUUUUAUUAAGCUGCGAUGCCUUCUUGGUACCCACAUGCAAGACCUUACCGAGGUGACCCAGGACGUUCACUAUGAGAAUUACCGAUCGGAGAGGCUGGCCAAGGGAGGGGGAGCUCCCAUCUCCACCAGCACCACCAACACAGUGGCAGCCAACAAUAAUGCACAACCAAAUGGAAAUGCUCUGUCAUCCAGUAAGCUCAUAAACUCGUCAUCAUCAAUUGGGCCAGAGAAGGAUCGCAUGGCCAUUGAACUGGAGGAGAAGGAAGCCCAGAUCAGAAAGAUGCAAGAAAUGAUGGCCAGAAUGCAGGCUCAGCUUCAAGACAAGAAGUAAGCCAUCGUCUUGUUAACAUAGACAAUUAAAAGUACAAUGAAGUACUUAGCAUAAUGCAUAGAUAUGAAGGAAAAUGACAAGUACUUAGUCUAAAACAUACAUUUAAGAACUAGUUCUCAGACCUCUUGUAUUUUUAGCAUCAAAAGAAAAAGUAGGACUUAGUCAAUUAAGCAGAAAAAGUGCUGUGUCAGUUGUGGAAUAAAGAUGGAAUGCUCAUAAGGAAUAAUGAUAAGGAAAUUAAAAUAGAUAGAAUAAAAAAUAAUUUAAUAUUGCAUUUACUCUUUCUGUACACUUCCAAAGUAUUAUUAAGAUAACGGUUAAACAUGAUGGCCACUUCUUAGAAAAAUUAUGUGUUAACUACGGAAAAAAGAAUGAUAUAUGCGUAUAAUUUCAGGGACAUUACAGAAAGUAUCAAUAUCUUAUAAUUUUUAUCAGUAAUAGUAACAGUAGUAGUAGUCUUGGUCACAGUCUUUUUGUAGUAGUUUUGUAUCAUGUCUUUCUCCUCCCUGCAUAUGAGUUGGUGUUCAAGUAAAAAGAUAUCACCAGUUUUCCUUUCUAUUUAUGUAAGUUUUUCACCAAAAAUUAUUGUAAGCAACAUGUUUAGGGUGUAUGUGAACCCCAAGAAGUAUGAAAUAAUGUUUGUGCUCAAAGUAAGAAUGGUUGGCCAGUGAAAUGUCUAUACCAUGAACUUACUGUUUGUUCAUAUACUGUCAUUGAGACCCAAACAUCGCCUAUACAGUAUAACAACAAAAUACCACUCUAUUAGGACCUUUUUUGUAUAUAUCCAAUGAAUAUAUGAAAAAUUUUGAAGGAUGUGGUCGCAGGCCUUCACCUUCCCACCUGUGUCAUCCACUUUCAAUGACUAGGCAGGAAAUUCAAAGAGGUUCAUGUGAAGUUGUUGUUUUGGGGUUCAUUUAUUUUCCUCUUUUGCCUCAUUCUUGGAUGUCAUAGGCAGAAAAAUAUAAUUGUAAAAAAAAAACGAAUACUAGUUGUCUGCUACUACUACUACUACUACUACUACUACUACUGCCACUACUUACUAAUUGCUGCUGCUAUUACUGCUAAUUUGAAUCCUACUGCUAUGGCUUGUGUGAUUUCUGCUGAUACUACUAAAACCACUACCAUUACUACUGUUACUGUCACUCAGCAUGUAAAACAUGGGAUAGGCUGGAGUCCUAUCUCUUUUUGCCAUGCCUUGAGCCAUCACAGCCUUUGCUAAAUCCUGUACCUAACCAGGCCUGUACGCUGGGUGCAAUUUCUUUAUCCUGUACUGACGGGCCUCGUCACUGGGUGAUGGAUUCUGCCAAAAUAUAUCGGUUGUCUCCAGCAUUUAGCACAUUCUACUCUAGCACUUAAAAUUGAGUGGCAUUUCCUUAUAAAUCCCUCUUUAAAAAUAUUCACUUCAGUGACCAGUACUUCAGACUUUACUAAAGAUGAAACACCUAAAAUUCACCCUGCCUCUAAUAAAUAAAUUAAAUAAAUAACUUCUCUUUUUCUUUAAUGCUCUUCCACCAAAGAUGAAUCAUUAAAUGCUAUAUUGGCACCUCAUCGAUAAUGAUUCAUGACUAUGAAGGUUAUUUUUCUUGAAUGGCAGUUUUCAACUUUUAAUAACUGAAUGAUAUGCAGCAACAUUAUAAAUAGUUUACAAAGUCUAUGAGAAAAGAAUUAGAUGUGUAAAAACACCAAACAUAUUUUUGGAAAGUGAGUGGUAGACAUGGAACAAGAGUCUUGUCAGGGACGUGGGAGUGAUGGGAGGAGGCUUGAGCACAGUUAUGGUGAAGGUGAGGUCACAGGCAUUAGAUGAUGGCAGGAUGGAGUUGUGACUUAUGAUACAAAGCUCUUGUGGGGAGGCAGGCAAGUUGAGCUUUGGGAGAAUAAUACAUCUUUAUUUUAUAUUCAAUUUGUUUUUGUUAAUAGCUAAAAGGUAUACAGGUUUUAGCAACUUUUGAUGAUACAUUUUUACUACUGUGCAGAAAAUAUCAAACUGUACCAUUGUAUAGGUAGUCUUGUCUUCACAUUCAAAUUUCUUUUUUGCAGUUCACAGCAUCCUUUUGUGAUAUUUGUGGAUGUGGGUGCAGGGGGAGUCAUAGGUUUUUAUUGAAUUAUUCCUUAUUUGCCAUGGGGAUCAGGAAUACUUCUCUUUUCUGCUUCUUUCCUGGAUGUCGCCCCUCCAGCAUGGAAAAUAUUGCCAUCAUUAAUCAGGAGUGUAUGUAGUGAGCUCUAAUCUGUGAGCAGCAGCAGGAGAUCUAAGAGGGGGCCAAAGAUUGUUUUGCAUCUUCAUCACUUUACCUUUGUGUUAUCUUUUGCUGUCUCAACAAUGGCAUCAGUUUGUAUUAGACUGUGGUUGAAAAUUCUCAUCAGCCAUCUGUUUUGUGUUUACUUAGGAAUUACUACACUUCCUUAAUUCACAGAUUUAAUUUAUUCCAAAACAGUGAAGAUGAAUUAUCAAGUAUUUUAGAAAUUCAUCAAUCCAAUCUCUUAAAGUUUGCAGAAAGUGCAUGUAGUAACAACAGCAUAUCUAUUUAAAAGUUUUCAAAUAAUGCUGAUACACACAUACACACACGUUACCAAGUAUUUUAUCAUUGUCCAAAACAUACAUGAUUCUUUACACUAAACUGUACAUAGUCUUCCACAUUUUGCACGUUAGAUUUGGUGGACUGCCCCUCAGCCAGACUGAAGCACAGGUCCCUCUGAAAACUUGUGAUUUGUAGUUGAUUACCACUGCCAGGACUGCCUACUAACUGCUCUCUUUUUCUUGCUUUUCUUUCUUGCAUGUGUUUGUUUUCAAGUCUUUCUUCAUCUUAAUCAUAGCAGAGAUUUACAUUUUGGAAAAUCAAAACUUCAAAUAUUAUCCCUUACAUGUAGAAACCAACACAUAUUUGGGAGGAGGGCGGAGGAAGUCAGAUCUUAUUUGUUACUGUAUUGAAAACUGAGGUUCUCCUGGUCAGUGAUAGAACAUUUUUUAUCAUUUUGAGUUUUAUUAAUUUGAAGAUAGGCAAGAAUUAGUAAUAUUAGCAUGAUAUUUUUGUUGUUGUCUGAAUAGAAAAAGACCUACUAAUUUUGUUAUUCAUCACUUAGACAGGUACUAAUGGAGGCAUUCAAAUAUUGUGUGAUGCAGGAGGAGGAGGUGGUGCUCGGCCUGAUGGUACAGUGUGUUACAUAGGGAUUAUUAUUAUCUCGUAAAUUAUUCAGCAGAUGGCUAAGAAAAUAUGAAUACCACAGCUUUUCUCAGGAACAGAAGUAACCGUGUAUUGAAAGUUACCCAUUGAAUCUAGGGGCCGGGUAGUGUUGGUUUGUUACGCGAUACUUUACGGGGUGGUUGAGGGAGUGGUGCAGAGUGUUAAGGGUGGAUGAAAGGGUGUAGAGUUUGAAGGAGAACAGGCAUUCCAUAACAUAUGAAUGGCCCCCAGCAUGUGUCAUCUCAUUUACCUCACAAGAUAUUCGAUGGUAUUUUAUCGUUCACUACGUCACACACAAGAUACACAUACAGUUUCGGCCGUAAUGUAUAAGAGUUUGUUCAUUUCAGCUCUUCUGUCUUCAUCUACCUUCCUCUAGAUUGUCAAAUAGAUCAGGUAACCUCGCACAGUUUGUAUGUAGGGCUGUAUCACGAGUCCAAUCUGAGAAGUUUUGGGUCCCUACAGAGUUUGGCGAAGGGGCCAUGUUACAAGUUGCAUGCAAGAAGUUCCGGGUCCCUACAGAGCACCGUUGGCAGACUGUCUUACACAGGCUCUUGUAUUUGCUGAUUUCCAAGCCCCAAAACAGUCUCCUCCACCCUGAUAACUAGAUUCAUUUAUAGUUAUCAUUGGAAUGGUUAGUUGUUGGUGUUUUUUUUGCAAUAGUCAUGAGUCAGAAACUGGUAAAUACGAUGUUCUGAGUUUGGGAUGAAUAACUCUGUAGGGAAUCGAAACUUCUCGGAUUCUACUUGUAAUACUGGAACACACACACACACACUCAUCGCUCUGUUGUGUAAUUGAAGAGUAUCUUGCCAUGCUAAAUCAGUAUGUGUAAGCUAAGUGUGCCUUAAAGAUAAGAAUAGUGUAGUGUUCGUUGAUAUUAAGGAAUUUACAUCCUGCUAAAAUAUUUUUGGGGAUAUUAAUUACUGAUUUGGUAGCUGUUCAGUGAAUGUUUUUGUAGAAGUAGUUUGUCUAUUAUAUUGUUUUUUAUUGUUAUUUAUUAUAUCCCAAAAUUAUUGUCUAGUCUUCUCCCCUCAGAGGCUUAUUAGGUAAUCUAGCCCAGAGAAUGUUUGAAGGUUUUGACUGUUUUCCUCUGCAUGGAUCAGUUUUUAUUAGGGAAACAAACAUUGCUUUGAUGAUGGAAUACAAUAUCAUUACAUUCCUUUUUCUUACCAUUUUAUAUUCUUAAUUUUAGUUACCAGUUCAGUGAAACUUUCCUGUACUUUUUAAUAUUUCUUGUUUUCAGUCUGUGCCAUUAAGAUUAAGCUUUCAGAAGAAAUCAUGAUGUAUGCAAUAAAGUCACUCUGCAU